UUCCUGGUUUUGCUACUGACGUGUAUAACGUAGAGUUGUGGCAGCUGCUGCCGCUGGUAGUGGUUUGAGUAAACAUAUAAAGUUUAGGGCACGUUUAUUUUGUACUACUUUUUGCCAUUUGUAGUGUUUGUUUCGCUUUUGAAAGUAUUAAGCUAAGUCUGUGGUUGGAAGAUGUUGGACUUCUUCGCCAUCUUUAGUAAGGGGGGCAUAGUGUUGUGGUGUUUUCAGGGCGCUGGGGUUUCUGAGUCUUUCGCAGGCCCCGUGAACGCUCUCAUCCGCUCAGUAAUUCUUCAGGAGCGCACUGGAAACAGUUCCUUCACUCAUAAUGCUCUGAGUCUGAAGUACAAGCUGGACAAUGAAUUUGAGCUUGUGUUUGUAGUGGGAUUUCAAAAAAUCCUGACGCUCACAUAUGUGGACAAGUUCAUAGAUGAUGUUCAGCUUCACUUCAGAGAUCGCUAUAAAAAUGAGUUGGGGCAGAAGGGUGCGCUUAAGUUCUUGGUCAAUCAUUUUGAGUUUGAGGAUGACUUCAGCAGGCUUCUGCGUGAGGCAGAAGGUGGAAGCAUAGCUAGACCUCAAAAGCCAAUGAGGACUUAUAAUGAGUCCCAGAAGUCUCAGAAAACUGUGAAGUCUAUGAUUGAAACAAAAGGAGGCGAUAAAGGCAAAGAGCAGACUGGCAAGAAGAAUAAACAAGCAAAAAAAGCUGAAGCAGGUGGUGGGGAACAGGCCAAGUCUAAUUCUCAGAGCAUCUCUAAGAAGGCUGUGGAGAAUGGGAACCAGAGCCCGUCACAAGAGGAGAUCAUUCAGAGAAGAGAAGUGUUCAUCCGCAGACAAACAACUGGAAGAGCAGAAAAGACUAAUAAGUCCCCUAAGCCCCAGAAGCCAAAGAAAAAGGAGAAUAGAGUUUGGGAGAUGGGUGGUACCAGCAGUAAGGAUCUAGACUACAGUGAAACCAAUAGCAAUGGUUCCUAUAGCAGCCAGGGCCAAGAUAAUGAGGCUCCAGCUGAACCACAAAUUCAGGUUGACUCUAUGAAGGGCGACCUGCGUGAUGUGGAUUAUGACUCCUCAGAAGAAGUGGAUGAGGAAGAAGAAGAAGUGGAGGAGAGAGUAGUAGCUGCUAAUAUCAACAGGAAAGGAGGCAGAAAGGGUUUUGGUGGCAUGUUUGGAAUGCUGAAAGGGCUAGUUGGCUCCAAAACUUUAACUCAGCAGGAUAUGGAGCCAAUACUAGAGAAGAUGAAGGAUCACCUGAUUGCUAAGAAUGUAGCAGCCGACAUUGCCUCUCAGCUGUGUGAUUCUGUAGCCAAGAAACUGGAAGGGAAGGUCAUGGGCACUUUCACCACUGUGGCCUCUACAGUGAAACAGGCUCUGCAGGAAUCUCUGGUGCAGAUCUUACAGCCAAAGCGGCGAGUAGACAUUCUGAGAGAUGUACUAGAGGCACGUGCUCAGCGCAAACCCUUUGUCAUUACCUUCUGUGGGGUCAAUGGUGUCGGCAAAUCCACCAACCUCGCUAAGAUUUCCUACUGGCUGAUUGAGAAUGGCUUCACUGUCCUGAUUGCUGCAUGUGAUACGUUUCGCGCGGGUGCAGUGGAGCAGCUGCGGACACACCAGCGACGGCUCAACUCUUUGCACCCACCAGAACAGCACGGAGGUCACCCUGUUGUCCAGCUGUUUGAAAAGGGUUAUGGCAAGGAUGCUGCUGGCAUUGCAAUGGAGGCUAUUGCCUAUGCCCGUAACCAGUGUUUUGAUGUUGUGCUGGUUGACACGGCUGGACGUAUGCAGGAUAACGCCCCACUGAUGACUGCUUUGGCUAAACUUAUUGCUGUCAAUACUCCAGACCUGGUGCUUUUUGUAGGAGAAGCCCUGGUGGGCAAUGAGGCUGUGGAUCAGCUGGUUAAAUUUAAUCAGGCACUUGCUGAUCAUUCCAUGUCUGAUCACCCAAGACUCAUUGAUGGCAUUGUUCUCACAAAGUUUGACACCAUUGAUGAUAAGGUUGGUGCUGCAAUUUCCAUGACCUACAUCACAGGUCAGCCCAUUGUUUUCGUGGGUACUGGACAGACAUACAGUGACUUGCGCAGCCUCAAUGCCCGAGCUGUAGUGAAUGCACUUAUGAAGGCCUGAAUGCCCACUGACUCGAGCCACAGUCCUCACUUGGAUCUGGUUCUGGAUAGCCAAUAUUGUCCUCUUCAUUGUCCUCCCAACCAUGGAACAAUUCUUUUUUUCUUUUUCUUCAAAUGAUCAGUUUCAACCUUUUGUUGCUGAAUUGCCUACAAAAUGCUAUUGACUGUAGUGACUGAAAAUGCUCAACUCUUACCUAGACUCUUUACAGGCAUUACCAUUAAUGAAUCAAUUGUUCCCUCUAAAAACAUGUUAAAUUUACCUAAUCUGAAGAUAGGGUUACAGUUACGUUUAAGAUUUUUCUCCACUAGUGGGAAAUGAUGAAAUGGUUUUGGAUGUUUUAAUGUGACCAAGAAGUUACAGGGUCAUUUGACAUGGCAUUGCUCCAGGACCAGACCCAGUGUAAGCAGUGUAGUGACUGACAUGCUUAAAUAGCCAACACAAAUUCCACCACUAAUUGCCUGCCUCCAUUCCAUUCUGUUUAUUACAACAUUCAAGUCUUGACUCUCGCACACAAAUGAGCUUUAUUCAGCCUGCAAAAAGGAAACUCUUGAUUUUUAUCAAACUUAUCAGAAAGAUCAUUAAUUCUGUGGGCAGGGCAGCCCAAGUGUUUCCCUCAUUAUGCUGUCUGUCCCAACCGUAGAGAUAUGGAUCAAAUAUAAAAAAAAAAUAAAAUAAAAUCUAAUAUAUUCCA